AUGUGUGUAAUGACCUUGUUAGUGGGCGGUUUUGAGUCCCACGUUUUAUUCGACUCUGGAGCAUCGAAUUGCUUCAUUACACCGGAGCGUGCCGAGAAGAGUGGCAUCCGGAGUAGCGCGGGCGAGAGCGCGGGCAUGGUCAAGGUGGCGGGAGGUGGAUUCUUGUCUACUUUGGGCCGUGCUAGAGGAGUCGAGAUCGAGAUUGCGGGGCAGUCAAUGCCAGCAGACUUAGUCAUCAGUCCGGUGGAGCUGUAUGACGUUAUUCUCGGGAUGGACUGGUUGUCACACUACAGAGUUCAUCUGGAUUGCUACAGAGGUAGAGUGGUCUUCGAGCGAGAUGCAGGGAGGUUGGUUUAUCAGGGAGUGAGACCGACUUCCGGGAGUAUUGUGAUAUCUGCUAUUCAGGCCGAGCAGUUGUUAGAGCGGGGCUGUGAGGCGUAUCUGGCGACGAUUUCUAUGUCUGAGUCAGGAGCUGGAGUUGUUAUGGGAGAUAUUGAGGUUGUCCAGGAUUUUGAGGAUGUCUUUCAGUCACUGAAGGGAUUACCACCAUCUCGGUCUGAUCCUUUCACGAUUGAGUUAGAGCCGGGGACAGCACCGAUAUCGAAGACGCCUUACAGGAUGGCGCCAGCUGAGUUGGCAGAGCUGAAGAAGCAGAUAGAGGACCUUUUGUCUAAGGGGUUCAUUCGACCGAGUGUUUCACCGUGGGGAGCACCGGUGUUGUUUGUGAAGAAGAAGGAUGGAGUUUCAGACUUUGUAUCGAUUACAGAGAUUGACUUGGCGUCGGGUUAUCAUCAGAUCCCGAUAGAUGAGGCAGAUGUCAGGAAGACUGCUUUCAGGACGCGUUAUGGGCAUUUUGAGUUUGUGGUUAUGCCUUUCGGUUUGACUAACGCGCCGGCAGCCUUCAUGAGAUUGAUGAACGACGUGUUCAGGGAGUAUUUGGACGUGUUUGUCAUCAUUUUCAUUGAUAUUCUGUUUCUGGCAGUGCGAGAGAUUGUGAGGCUGCAUGGAGUGCCAGCUAGUAUUGUGUCAGACCGUGAUCCCAGAUUCACUUCAGAGUUUUGGAGGGCGUUUCAGGCAGAGAUGGGCACUAAGGUGCAUCUGAGUACAGCUUAUCAUCCGCAGACAGAUGGUCAGUCAGAGAGGACUAUUCAGACUUUGGAGGAUUUGCUGAGGAUGUGUGUGUUGGAUUGGGGUGGCCAUUGGGCAGAUCACCUGAGCUUAGACACCCCUAUGCUGGACCCAAGUGGGGGAGCGCAGCAUGUAUGGAGCUACUUAUGUUCAGGAGACGACAGAGAAGGUCGUGUUGUGAGGCUGAACAUGAAGGAGGCUCAGGAUAGGCAGAAGAGUUAUGCAGAUAGACGCAGACGAGAGCUUGAGUUUCAGGUGGGAGAUAGAGUUUAUCUCAAGAUGGCUAUGUUGAGGGGUCCUAACAGAUCCAUAGCAGAGAACAAGCUGAGUCCGCGUUUUAUGGGUCCGUUUCCAGUAGUGGAGCGAGUUGGGCCAUUGGCUUACAGGCUGGAGUUGCCUGAGAUUAUGAAAGCCUUUCACAAGGUUUUUCAUGUGUCGAUGCUGAGGAAGUGUCUUCACCCUACAGAGGAGUUAGUGGCUAGGAUUCCAGAGGAUCUUCAGCCAGAUUUGACAGUGCCGGCAGUGCCUGUGAGGAUUUUAGAGAGGAGGGAAAAGGUUCUGAGGAACAAGAGGAUUCCCUUACUGAGGAUUUUGUGGGAUUGCAGUGGUUCUACAGAGGAGACUUGGGAGCCAGAGGCAAAGAUGAAGUUGAAGUUCAGGAAGUGGUUCGACAAGCAGGUCGAGGAGUGA